CCCCCCCCCCCCCGCUGCUGCUCGCUUUAGUUCGCCGGCGGCUGGCGCCGGCGCCUGAGACCGAAUUGAUGGGGGGCUUGGAGGCCCAGGCGGCUCCGGAGGUGGUGGAUGUGUCGGCGGCCGGGACCCUGGUCUGGGUCCGCCGCCCCAACGGGUCGUGGUGGCCAGGCCAGGUCCUGUCCCGCGCCGACGUCCCCGACGGCUGCCCCGCGCCACCGAGGUCACCCGCUACCCCAAUCAUGCUCCUCGGCCGCCGCGACGGCCCGGCAUUCGUCGAUUGGUGUAACCUGGAGAGGAGCAAACGGGUGAAGCCCUUCCGAUGCGGGGACUUGGACUUGGAUGACUGCAUCCGCAAGGCGCAACAACAGCAGGCCGCACGCCGCCGCGGCAGCACUAGCACCAACAGGAGGAGGGUUUGCAACACGGCCAAUGGCGCCAGGUAUGCCCGCAAGGAGGACGCCGUUCUACAGGCCCUCCAGAUCGAGAGAGCCACCAACAACCGUCAGGGGGCCAAGUCCAGCAGGAAGCCCUCUUCUCUUCCCGCUGCUGCCAACCCGCCGCCGUUGCCAAAGAGGAAGCGCAGGACGCCCAAUGACUCCGAGGACGAUGUGCCGCAGGGGUUCCGCCGUAUGAGGGACCUCACCGAAAUCGGAUCCGAUGCAGCUGUGUUUCCUGAUUCGACUUGUUGUCUGCCAGCUAGUGCUAGUCAAAUGAAAAGGAGUAGGCAAUCUCAUCAUGAUUCUGGGAAGAGGAAGCACCCUACUUUGGACCAGGACCAACCUUGCGGGAUGUUAAGAAAGAAGGAUAGGUCCCGUCCUCUCUCGGAGCUAUGCAAUGGAGACAUGUGGAAUGGGUUCAAACCAAAUGCUCAAAGGGCUGAUCAUGAUCAGCAAUUGAUGCGCAUGGGCACCUGUUCUGGAAGCUCCUCCGCCUCUUCAAGCUUGGAUACACUAGCGGAUAAGUCCAGCUCUCAUCCCACCGCUCUAUUCAAGACGGAUCAAGCAAAGGGCAUCACAAGGUUACCCAAUGAUGACUUACCCCGUGGCGAUGAACUGGGAAGUAUCUUUAAAGCAGAUCGUUUGCACGUGGACCAACCUGGCGCCUUGAUGAAGGAUCCUUCCUGGGAAUGUAGUAAGCAAGAUCCGGAUAGCAGCAAAGCAGACCUGUCUUCCCAAUGUGAUGGCAGAAAUCAUAAGAAGAAAACCAUAAGCUCUGUUGAUCAGGAGGGCAGUAAUAGGGCCAAGAGUGUGUUAGAGCGUGAACACUGCAAAUCAAGGGUAGUGAAGUAUAAAGCACCAAGUAAUGAGGGUGUCCUCUUAGAAGAAAGGUUGGAGAGGAGUACUGUCGACAAGACUGCUGCACCUGAUGAUGAUAAGGACCUUGCAAUACUUCCUAAUGAUUUGGAUCGUGUUGAUGCAGUUCUGCAGCAAUGUUCUGAAAGCAAGCACAAACAUGAAGAACCAUCUGAAACCACAAGCAACAAUUCAUACUGUGAGAAUGUUUCAGUUUCAUCUGUGGCCUUUGAGUUGCCGCCCCAACACACGGACCCUGCGGUUGCAAGUUGCCAUGCAGUGAAGGCAACUAAGACCCUGCAAUUGAAUUCUGCACUUUAUGAUGUGGAGUUAAGUGUGCAGGGCAGCAGCAGCAGCAGCAACAACAAGGGGCGUCAUGUACCUCUUGUUUCCCUUAUGAGUAGAUCCAGUAGAAGACCCGUUGUGGGGUAUCCAGUCUCCGUGGAGGUAUUAGAUGUCGUGUAUUGCCCUCCAGCGUCGAGUAUAGAUGAUGACCAUCCCUCAACAAGCAGCGCUAAUGGACUAGUGAAGGAGCAGGAAACUGCAGUCCCACAGUGUGCAAUGCCGUCUUCACACAAGGGGCGAGCAAAAGCGAGAAGCCGCAGGAAGACCUCGGAGGAUGACAUGGACAAGUCAUGGCGACCGCAUAAUAAGAAUCCAGUGUCUUCUCCGAGGAAAAUGCGGAGGCUUUCGUCUUUCGCCACAAGCCAGAGAGGAGGUGAAGACAGGAAGACUCUGGUGGGGAAGUUCUGCGGGACAGCCGUCGCAUGCAUUCCGCUCCGUGUUGUCUUCAGCAGGAUCAACGAGGCGUUAAGUUAUUCAGCUAAAUGAGCUGGGGGGCGUAUCUGUCGGUUCUGAGAGGGGGGAUGAUCUGCUGAGACAGGAUGGGUUUCGGCAGCAGCUCUGCUCUGCUCCUUGACCCUGUAUGUUUGUUGUACAUGUCCUCUCUAGAUGUUGAUAAGGAGAGUAUCUUAUAUUUGCUCUUUGUUGUGAUUGAAAGUCUUUUGAGCACCAUCUAUCCAUCUAACUAACGGAAGGGGAAUAAGGAGGCAUUUGGAAUAUGUGUAUGUAUCGUAUAUUCUGAUCAUCCACAUGUUUGUUAUUGCAUUCAA